CUCUCUCCUCCCCCAUCCUGCAUGCAGAUGUAUGUAGUAGCAUGGCACGAUAGCCUGGCGGUUCUACCUCCUCUCCUUGUUCUUAGGUAAGUACCCCCCAUCCGCCGUUCGUGCCAUGGGCCGUCGUACGCUCCCCCUCUCCCCGCGGGCCAUAUUGCUGGACAGCAAAUCCGAUACAAUGUAAUCCGGAUCGGCUCACGGGGUAAGUUACGGUCGCUAGAAAUCCUGGCUGAUUCGCAUUCAACCAGGGACCCAGAGGUAUGACUUGCGUAAAAUAGUAAUUCGCAGGUGGACCAAUAGGCGAUAAAAAUAACAGGAUCCCUAGUGAAGACGGCCCCUUGUUCCAACCGGGCGAAGAGAGGAGGUACCUCUGUUCUGCAGGACCCUCUUCCCGCUUUACAGGGCUCUCUCCUCCUCCUCCCUUCACAGAGCCACGCUUCGUGUACUUCCCUUAGGUACGUGGUGUGGUACUCGAGGGUACAUGGGGGUGGUGCUCGGCGACCGGGGUCCGCCGCCGCAUUCCGUCAGUACGCCUUUGGCUUCCCCAAGUAUCGGUGCCACUGCCACUGCGUCAGGCCGACUUGACAAGACGCUCGCUCAGCGGCCGCUGCUAUGUAUGUAGCAUCCAGCCAGCUGCUGCGCUUCCUUGGUCGCAGAGCCUUGUGCCACCCACCCGAGCAGAUCCCACACCUCAUAUAUGUCGAGUCGCCUCCCCCAGACUCUACGACUCCCUUUUCGUCUUGUCCGAACCCUCCCUCGCGUCCGCCUGUCAUCCACGAUGCUGUCAGGCGCUAGUACUAGUAUUCGGCGGCUUAUCUCACAACGGCGACCUCAGAAUGGCUAUGGGGAUGGAUAUUACGCCGGCACCAAUACGCCGGCCCACAAAGAAGGACGGAAAGACAAUGGGACGCCCACGCGGCGACCUUAUAGUAGGAAACGAUCGCCACCACCCAUCAUAAUCAGCAGGGAACAAAGCAUCCAUGACAUCCUCAACCCUCUUCCGCCACUCCCCCAUGAAAGGCCGCGGUCUUCGACCAGUUCGCUGAAUAGCAGCGAACGCCACGCCGAGACCUACUCUACUCAUUCAAUCGACCGCUCGAGGUCACCUCUUUGUUCGAUAUCGUCAAAGGGCGGCGAGAGUCAAGAGUCCCUCCAGCUCUCGACCACGAGCUACGAAGAUGAAGACUUCCCCCCUCAGCCUCCCCCUAAAGGUUACACGUGGCCGAGAGAAACCCCUACACGCCUGGCGGAGCCGCCGGUUACGACACUCGAAAUCAUCAACGCCCUGUCUCUGGACCUAGACGACGAAGCAACGCCGACCCAACCGCACCCGCGGAGGCAGACGUCCUUCUCCAGCUAUUCGGAAAACAUCCAGCAGCUCAUCGAAGAAGCAGACGAGGCAUUCAGGGCCGUCGGUGACGCCCUCGCUGAAGUACAGCGCACGGAAACUACUACUACAUUCAAGGAACUUCCCAGACUUCCCACCCCAGACCCGGAGCCUGAGCUCCCGGCUCGAGAGCUAACCCCGGAGCCAGCAACCCCUCCCCUCAAGAGUCAAAUACAGGACUCACCUAAGCAAGUUACCUCAUCUCCAAGGCAAAUCACCUCCUCUCCGGGACAAAUCACAUCCUCGCCGAGACAAAUCACCUCCUCUCCGAGGCAAAUCACCUCCUCGCCGAGACAAACCCCAAUCUCGCCCAUCCCCUCCCCCGCUACCUCCGUUACCGCCUCCCCUGCAGCCUCCCCCAAGCGAAACAUAUCCGCACCUGGCAGGGUUAAGAGGAAGAAGUCGAAGAAGUCGAAAAAGACAAAGCCGAUGAUGCCGCAUCGAAAGCCGGCCGCGGCUAAAUCGGCGGCAAAGAGCGGCCCGAUAUGGACGCUGCCCGAUAACGUGACGGAGCUCUUCAGCGGAAAGCUCUUCCACAGGCUCGAGGUGGAUGAGAUGCUCACGCCGAGUCAGCUGGAGGAGUACAGGCUACAGAGGAUGUCGGGCACGCAUCCGGAGCGAUCCACCGAGACUCUGGACGCCGAAGCAAGCGACACGCCAAUCGAGCCUUUCCAUCUCGAGGACCUCCCCUCCCGGAUCGGAUCGGCCGGAAUCAGGCUGAACGACGACAUCCCGGUGGAAAGAAAGCCCGCCGCACCGUCCUCCAGCUCCAUCAUGCGUCAAGAUUUCUCGGUAGAGGAGUCACGAGACGUCAAUAGUUUUACCAACACGGAUUCAUGGAUCGACAUCGACGAGCCACCGAUGCAAUACAAAGACACGCAUUUUCCCACGCCGCCGCUGAGGCACGGCCCACGAUUUACCUUGCGUGCUCCCAGGAUCGCGCUGCCUAGCAUUCCGGAGAUGGCAACCAUCUCGACGCCGGUGAGCGAACCUGUCUUCCGCGCGAGUCUACAGAGCCCCCAGGACGUAGUCGCCGAUUCGAAUUACGUCUUCCUCCGGUCCUCACCGUGCUCUCUGACGGUCCCCACAUUCCGCCACGGCCCGAUCCGGUUGGCGAAGGCGGACCUGGUGCCGGAUAUGAAGGUCGGGGCUGAUGAGGGUCUGGACUGGACAGCGUUCCAGAUGGCCAUCUCGGGCGGCGCCGGCGACUGGCUCUCGGAGAGCGACGACGUCAUCCGACGGAGAGAGGCGGAAGAGGUGGAAGAGAUAUCCGCGUGGUGGGAUACGUGGAACUUUGACAGCGCUGGCGGGCUCAUGACGCAAGACGUCAAAGCCGCCAGCCCUACGAGCACCACGUCGAGCGAGGAUUACUCGGACGCGUCGAACGGCGAGACCGAGAAGGACGAUCAGUACAGCCUGCACCGACAGUGGCAGCAGUUCCGACGCAGGGUGGCUGCCGAGAACAGGCAGCUCGAGCUUGACAUGGCGGGGCUCCAGCUCGAUACGUCGAAGUUGAACGGCGGCGAGCAGCUCGACCGGCUGUCCAAAGACUACAGCUGCCGCGAGAGCUACGCUAGCCUCCCGCAGAGCCCGAUGUUGGAUCUGAGGGUGAUCCGCAGCGAGGAUGGCGAGGACUUUGACGUCGUCCCGAUGGGGUACAAUCUCGGGCACGACUUGGGAGACUUCCUCAAGUGGGAGGCGGAGCACGCCUACGCCGGCGACUUUCAGAGGCUCUAAGUCGUUUCAGCUACCCACAUGAACUUCCCCUUUCUUGCCGCCGCUUUCGCUUUCGCUCCUCUUUCCUUUGGGUUUUCGGUUUCUCUUGUUUUUUUAUUUUCUUUUUUUAGCGGGCAUAUGAGGACAUGCGUUCACGUUCGGGAUCGGAUUUGUCUUCCCCCUUUCCAUCACCAUCUUUAUACCAAUGGGUUUCUACCGGUGUUCGGUCGGGUGGUUUUGCUUUGCACAAAAGCAACCAUUCAUUGCAUACGCUACACAUGCACAUAUAUAUUGAUUUCCGUGUAGCGCGGCGCUGGGACGGCGGGAACGGGACGGGAUGAAGGGGGUUAGAGCGUAUGGGGCGUACCUAUCUAUCAGGUAGGUAUCUAUCUGCUGCCUACCUUGGGCACUUGGCUGAGGUGCCUACGGGGCCACCUACUUUCCUUUCUUUUUUUUCUUGUCGUCUACGAAGAGAGAGAGAGAGAGAGAGAGGGAGAGGGAGAGGGAGACAGAAGAGAGCUGGAAUCACAUGUACCUAACCUAGAGGUGGUACCUCCUA